AUGGAGACGGACGACUGGACGCUGCUGAACGAGCUGGUACAGAAGGACCACGUGAUCCUCACGCCGUCGCAGGCCCACGACGACUUCUACGUGAUCGACUACGCCGUCAAGUACGACGGAUUCAUCGUCACGAACGACAUGUUCCGGGACCACGUGGCAAACAAGCGAUCGUUCCACGGGAAGCGGCUGACGAGCUCCUGGGUGCGUUCGCACUGCAUCGACUUCACGUUCGUGGGGAAGGAAUUCAUGCCGAAUCCGCGCGCAAUGGAGCGCGUGGUCGCUUUCCAGCCGUCAGCGACGGACUCGUUGCCUACAGCUACACCGGCCUUGACGCCGUCGAGAAGCAGCUCCUCGUUGUCAAGUUCUAGUCUCCAGAAGACCCUGUCGGGCGAUAAGAACGACGCGGGCGCCGCUGACGAUGACAUGAAUGAGGAUGGCAUGGUUGUCGACAAUGCAGGCAACAAGCGGAGCAAGAACAUUGAUCUGUCGGAGGUGACGUACUACAAGGUGCCGCGAGAGCUGUUGCCGAUGCUGCACGGUGAAGGUGGAGAGACGAUGGAGAAGUUUCAGGAGUACACUGGGACGUACAUCGUCUUGCCGUCUCAUGCGGCAGUAGAAGCGCCGACAGCAACGCCAGUCUCGAAUGUGCUAACUCUCUCGAUCUAUGGCCCAGAAGCCAGCCGACAGCAAGCUGUCGGACACCUGGAUGCAUUCCUGCUCGAGAUGCAGCAAAAAGCGCAGUAUGCGUUUCAGCAGCAACAACAGCAGCAGCAGCAGUAUAUGGCUGCUCAGGGCCACCAGACAGUGAUUUGCCAUCCUCAGCAACAUCAAUAUGCAGGUGCCAAUGGAAGCAGUGGAAACAUGCCACCGCAGGACGAUCAGAUGAUGGAGAUCGAUCCGUACUAG